UCUGCGGACAGAUUUAUAUAGUUCGAAGUGUUUUUUCACGCGUGGCUUUUGUGACUCAAGCUGUGAAAAGAUCCCCAAAAUUACCAGAUGUAUUUUGGGUCAUAGACAACAACGUAGUGUGUAAAAUAUCAGAUUGCUGAAGGUCCUUCAUCAUGGCCGAAUUAGAGACGAUAGCAGACUAUGGCACGUAUCUGCCUGAUGUGAGCGAAGGAGACGAUUCCCUUCUAUCACCCACAGAGAAUGUAUCCAUGAACUUGGAACCAACGGAAGAGAACGCUGGAAUUGAAGAUGCGGAACUAGAAGCCAUCAAAGCCCGCGUCCGUGAGAUGGAGGAGGAGGCAGAGAAGCUGAAGGAGAUGCAGAAUGAAGUGGAUAAACAGAUGAACCUUAGCUCCCCUCCCCCUGCCCAGGCCGCUCCACAUCUCUCACUGGAAGAGAAAGGAGAGGUCGAUGCACGAUCUGUCUACGUUGGAAAUGUGGAUUAUUCAGCAACUGCAGAGGAAUUAGAGAGUCACUUUCACGGCUGUGGACCAAUAAACAGAGUCACCAUCCUUUGUGAUAAGUUUACUGGUCAUCCUAAAGGAUAUGCCUAUGUAGAGUUUGUAGAAAAGGACUCAAUUGAUACAGCUUGUACCCUGAAUUUAUCACUCUUUAAAGGAAGACAGAUUAGGGUUAAUGCAAAGCGAACGAACCGUCCCGGCAUCAGCACCACGGAUCGUCCUCCCCGUGGGGGGUACAGUGGCAUGCGGGGUAGAGGUAGAGGGCGCUAUGGCCAGUCACCAUUCGGAGGAGGAGGAGGCGGCGGAGGAUACGGCGGCGGCGGUGGUGGUGGUGGUGGUGGAUUCUACAGGGCGAGGCCCAGAUUUAGGAACCGCCGUUUUGUUCGAUAUUCUCCAUACUGAAGACCUGGAAGCAAAAAAAAGAGAACAGCACGAGAAAGAAAAAAAAGGGCAUGCUAAUUAUUCUUUAGUGAAGGUAGUAGAUGUAAUGUAAGAAUUUCAAUGUCAAGUCACUCGGGCACCUACUGUUCAUGCAUGAACAAAUGGAUUCUUAGGCUUUGCUUUUUACAUGUAUAUGGUUUUCUUUUAGAAGACACUACAUGUGUUCUAGCAAUAUUUCAAUUCCAUUUGUAGAUUUAAAAGCAGCUGUGCUUCAUUAGUAAUUUACUGCUGCUACAUGUACAUGUAUAUACAAGAUAAUCAUUUUCUUAUCUCAUUUUCUGUAGUUUAUUCUAAUAUAUAAACAUUUGAUUAAGCAACACUAUGUUUCAUUUCUUUUUCAGGUUCCAGUAUUGUGAGGGGUUAAAAAAAAUGUAU